GGGCUUCGCUGCUUCAUCUUGAGCGACGCAAUCGUCUAAACUAGGGCAUCCCUCUAUCUUCGUCUCCAAUUCUUCUUCUCUCCGAGUUCUGGUAGGCGCUAGGGUGUGGAAAAGCGAAUCUCGAUUGCUGCGAUUUUACGAAUCUGAUUAUAAAAGCUGUUGUUGUUUUCUUCGUUUAGUAAGAAAAUUGUUGUAGUAAAUUGAAUCUGAAGCGUUGUUUGAUUAUGAGAAUGAAUAUGAAGCGAUCGAGGAAAUCAAUUUCUUGGGCUCCUGGAGUUAAACUUUGUCAGGUAAAGCUGUUCUCUUUUUUGGAUUGUCCUGUGGAAGUUGGCUCGACAUUUCAAAGUCAUUUUCAACAAAAGACAACAAGUAUGUCGCAUUCCAGCUCUCUCGAAUCCAAUGAUAGCCCGCCUGGGUUUGAAGUUGGUAUCUCUAUGAAGCAAUCUAAACUGCAAUAUUUUCCCGUCCCUCGAAUUAAGUGGCGAUGCCCUCCCAAGCUUAUUAUGAGUGAUGACUGGUGUGUAGCGGCUGGUGAGAAUAGUGAAGAAGCCAAGACUCAAAAACUAAGAGAGAUGUCGGUGCUUGAGGCAGUAUAUCCUCGUUUUUCUGCAAUUCCACCUAGCCCCUUUGUUUCUUUGGAUGUUGAACGUGAGUGUUAUGAUCAUAGCCUCACUCCUUCUGUACCCAUCAAUCCUAUUGAAGAAGAACCCCAAGAAGAUCAAGACGAUUAUACUCCUUCUGUCCCCUCCUCUCAGCUACCAAGUUUUUUCCAAGGUCUGGUAUCUCAAACUGAUGAUGCUUCUGAGUCCAACCCUCCUGGUUUUGAGCAAGUACAUGCACCAGGGAAGUUGCCUAAUCAAAGUGCUGAUUUCACGGCUGUUGCUUUAACUGCAAUGAUGAAAACCAGCCAGAAGGAAAGUAUGAUCGACACUGAUUUGCUUAUUAAGAUUCUUAACGAUCCGAAAAUGCUCAAGAAAUUGAUUAAUGGACAUGGACCCCAAGCCAAUACAGGCAUUGCAUCAAUGAAUACACAUACAGCAGUAACUGCACCAAGUACGAAAAUGGUAACUCCCUAUGUUCCCUCAUCUCUUUCAAACUCUGAUAUGCAAAGAACGGCAACUCCCCAUGUUUCCUCAUCCCCUCCAAACUCUGAUAUGCAAAGGACUCCUGAUGGUAACUUCCGCGUGCCAGGUAAACUGGGUACUACCUCGAAUACAAUCCCGGAUGUUUUUCAAUUAUCUGGGCUAAAACGACCUGCACCAUCGCCACCAUUACCUUCCUUGCCCAGCCCUCAAGCUGACCAUGCUAUAUUGCCCAGACUGCCGAAUCAGACACAACCCCCACCAAGUGCAUUGCCUCAACAGAACAUUGCUCCCCUAAGAUCUUUCCCAGUCCAGGAACCCGGAAGUGUCAAGGACUUGAACUACUAUAAGAACCUCAUUAGGCAACAUGGAACAGAAAAUAAAGAAAUGCAGGACCCUAUGUUGUUAAAAAAUGGUGAUAAUUUUAAUCACUUGAUGGACAUGAAAAUGUCUGCUGACUUUAACCCAUCAGAAAUGAAGGCCAAGAAUUCGAGACGUUGCAUGUUUUUCAAAAGUGCGAAGGGAUGUCGUAAGGGUGGUAAUUGUGAAUACCUGCACGACAUGUCGUUAAAUUGGCGAACUUGUAUGGAGGCCCAAAGUGCAAAGAGAAUGAAACUGACUGGGAGGGGUAUGUUUUAGGUGGUACUUGACUAGUGUAAAAAGUUUGGGAAGUAGGAAGAGUUUGAAACACAGGACAAGUGGAUUUUCCUUUUGUGUAAAGCUUUCGAAAUGCUCCUCAAUAGUCAAUGAAGGCCUUUUUUUUUU